UCCAAAAUCAGCUUUUUCUCCAAAUUUCAGUUUUGUGGACAAAGUUUACGUGAGAUGGAAAAUUUUCGAGGGAUAGCAGAGGAGUCAUUUCCAAGCUUUUUAACUAAUUCAUUACUUGGUAAUAGUGGGACUUUAGAAAAUGUCACUCUUUCUUCAAAUCUUGGCUUGCCUGUUGCUGUUUCCACGCUUGCUAGAAAUAGAUCCAGCACUGAUGACAGGUAUCCUGAUAUCCAGGCAUCUUACUUAGUAGAAGGGAGGUUUUCAGUUCCAUCCGGAUCAUCUCCCAGCAGCCAGAGUGAUGCUGAACCAAGAGAGAAGUUACAGCUUAGCUUCCAAGAUGAUGAUUCUGUCUGUAGGAAAAGGAACUAUAUGGAAAGUCAGCAUUUGUCAAAUGCUCUCGUGAAACAGUCAGCUAUUCAAAGUGAUAUAGCAAGACCAGAGGAAGAGCAAGCUAAACCUACAGAAUCCUUUCAGGACCAGGAUCUUUUUGAUAGGACUUCACCACUGGAACAAGUACAAGACUCACCUAUUGAUUUUCGUUUACGAUCGUGGAUGAGUAAUAAGCAGCACAAGAUUGUUGUACUUGAUGGUGGAAAACAUUUUGAAGACGAGAUUCCAAACAGUGACUUAAGCCACAUUAGCUUAUUAGAAAAUGAGAAACUUAUGUUACCAACAAGCUUGGAAGAUUCUUCUGAUGAUGAUGAUAUUGAUGAUGAAAUGUUUUAUGAUGAUCAUUUGGUGGCUUAUUUUGAACAACUGGCAAUGCCAGGAAUGAUAUAUGAAGACCUAGAAGGGCAGGAACCUCCAGAAAAAGAUUUUAAGUUACCUAUCAGUGUAACUCAGGCAAAUGAAAAUAGUAGCUUAAACUGUAAAUUUCAGUCAGAAAAUAACAGCUGUCUGAUUUCCCAUGGCUCACACUCUUCGGGAGCUUCUGAAAUGACUCACAAAGAUUCUGAGGAAAGCCAAGUUGUCUGUCUACCUGAGGCUGAUAAUUCUAUAGAUACUGGAGAUAGUAGAAGGCAUAUAGAUGGUGUCUUACCAUUUUCCUCUAGCACUUGGAGAAUUGAGAAAGAAAAGGUAGAAAAUUUGAAGGGUAUUGUUCCAGAUCUUAGCAGAGUAAAAACAUAUCUCCCACAGAGUGUGGUCUAUCAAAAUGAAGAGGGCAGAUGGGUCACUGACCUUGCCUAUUAUACAUCUUUUAAUAAUGAACAAGAUUUAAAUAUGUCUUUAAGUGAUGAGGUGAAUGAAGACUUCAGAUCUGGUUCUGAAGCAUUUGAUUUGAUUGCACAAGAUGAAGAAGAAUUUAAUAAAGAGCAUCAAUUUAUACAGGAAGAAAACAUAGAUGCUCAGAACACUUCGAUUGGACUAGGGGAUACAUCCUGGGGAGCUUCAGUUAAUUAUAAUCUGUUGAGGAAAUCGCUUAGCACACCAGAUUUGGACAAAGACGAUGCCAGUUAUUUACGUCUGUCUUUAGGAGAAUUCUUUGCUCAAAGAUCUGAAGCUCUUGGUUGCCUUGGUGGUGGUAGCAAUGUGAAAAGAGACACUUUCUUCAUAAACAAUGAACCCCAGAGUUACAAAGACAAGCUGCCUGAUAGUGGUGAUUCUGUACUUAGAAUAAGCACCAUUGCUUCAGCCAUUGCAGAUGCAUCAGUUAGUACUGAUCCUUCCCAACUUGCUGCCAUGAUCAAGGCUCUUUCAAAUAAAACUAGAGACAACACUUUUCAAGAAGAUGACAAACAAAAGCACUGUUCCAUUGUGUCUCAUUUCUUACCUAAUGAUUUAGAAAAAAGUAAUGGGUCCAAUGCAUUUGAUAUGGAGAAAUACCUUAAAAAAACAGAAGUUAGUAGAUAUGAAGGUGGAUUGGAAAACUUUUCAAGAGCUGGGAUGUCUGAUAUUUGGGAUUUAUCUUUGCCAAAAGAACAAACCACUCAAGACAUCCAUAUAGUGGACUUAGGUGCUACUAAUGUAAGUGUAAGGGAACCAAAAGAAAACACAGCAGCUAUUUUUUAUGGUGAAAAUGGAGAGAGUGGGAACCAAAAAUCAUUAAGAACAAUAACCUCUUCAAAUUCAGUUGUUACAAAUAUAAGAGAGAAUGAGAAUGCAAUAGUUGAUGUGAAGACAUCUUCCACUGACAGCAAAUUCCCAGAUACUGCUAACAGUGAAAAAGCUACCUCAGUUUCCCCUCCACUGUCUAGUAGUUACUCAUCAGUAAGGAACCCCAGAAUAACAUCCCUUUGGCAGUGUGAAGAAAUACAAGAUAGUAGAGACAAUCAGAAGCAAAAUGAGUAUGUUACUGAAACAAGGAACAGUGAAAAGCAUGUGACUUUUGAAAACCAUUGCAUAGUUUCACCUAAAAAUGUUGAUUUGAAAAGUACUUCUUCCGAGUGUGGUGGACGUGGCUCAGAGGAUGACCAGGAGAGCUUCAGACCUUCUACUUCACCACUGAGUCAUUCUUCUCCUAGUGAAGUUUCUGGAACAAGUUUGUCAGGGUGUGCUUUAGAGUCCUUUGGUUCAACACCUCCUCAGAAGCCUCCCUGUGAGAGUGGGUUGUCUCAUGUGGUGUGUUCCCAUGCUAGUGUGAGCAGGCUGACGUACGUGUCUGAACAGGAGAGCACCUAUCCUACCACAGCCACAGAUCAUGGCCUGGAGGACUGCAAGAGUGAUAUCACCAGUGAAUUGAGCACUACAAUUAUUCGGGCCAGUCCAGCUCCAUCAGAAGAACAGGCUGUGGAAAAGUUGAGAGAAAAAAUUCCAUUUCAGAAUAGUGGAAAAGUAACAUCAUCAUCGAUUAUCCAGAGCAACUCUGAUAUGAAAAAAGUAGCUGAAACUACUUCUCUGUGUAGCAAACCUGAAGACAUAAAAUCUACCUUUAGAUCAUGUAAAGAUCCUUCCUCCAAAAAUGGAGAUCGAUUGGAAACCAAUGAGGUGGAUUUGACAUCAAGCCCUGAGGAAUUGGACCCAGUCAGACUGGCUCUCCUGAGCAAGUCAGUUCUGAGCCGUGAGGCCGGGUCAGCCACACCACAUCUCCCUGCGUCACGCCAGGAGUCUGUGGACAAAGAGCAAAGAAUAACUUCUAAAGAUAUGUCAACUGCCAGCAGUGAGUUCAGUGGCCAAGUUUCUCAUUGGACCACCUCUGGACACCAGUAUCCUCCUGCUGCCAGUGGUACGGUUCUUGGUUCUGCCACUGACAUGCAGCAUGUUCCUGCCUCAGUGCCUACCCUCUUGACUCGACACUCUCUUAGCACAGCUCCCUUUGCCCAGCAGUAUGUGGGCGCAGUCCCCUCAGCUGGAAGUGUUGCCUUGCCACAGUGCCAUGCUGGCGGUGCCAACGUCUGUGGGUUCUCAGGAGGCUAUCUUUAUCCGGCUGGCACAGGAGAGCAUGUGCAAAACUCCGUGGCUGUUGGAAUUUGUGUAGGACCAACUAUCGGCUCUGGAUUGACGGGUCCCUCUUCUCUUUGUAACCCGUAUUCUAAUACUUUAAAUCAGAACCUACUAAAUACAGUGAAAGCUUUUCCUAUGCAAUCUGUUGGUGCAAACUGUGGAAUUGAACCAUGGGAUUCAGGAAUAACAUCAGGAUUUGGGACCGCGAGAGUGCCUGAGGAGCUGAAGUUUCCUCACGCCUGCUGUGUGGGCAUCGCAUCGCAGACCCACCUCCCUGUGCUCAACCCGACUGACCGCUGGCUCCAGGUCAGCCUUGGGCUCCUCAGUGUUAGCGUUGAUGGUGGAAAGGUGGAUCUUUCAACAUAUCGUUGUUUAGUUUUCAAGAAUAAAGUCAUCAUAAGACCUCAUGCCACAGAAGAGAUAAAAGUACUUUUUAUACCGUCCAAUCCUGGGGUUUUCAGAUGUACAUUCAGUGUUGCAUCCUGGCCGUGUUCUACAGAUGCCGAGACAAUAGUACAAGCAGAAGCUCUGGCAAGCACAGUCAUCCUCAGUGCUAUUGCUGAGAGCCCUGUAAUUGAGGUAGAAACAGAAAAGAAAGAUGUUCUUGAUUUUGGUGACUUGACUUACGGAGGCUGGAAAGCUCUCCCCCUGAAAUUGAUAAACAGGACGCAUGCCACUGUGCCCGUCAGACUGAUUAUCAAUGCUAAUGCUGUAGCCUGGCGCUGUUUCACGUUUUCCAAGGAACCCGUGCGUGCUUCUGUGGCAGCUGGUCCUUACGCUGAUGUGGGGGCUCAGCUGGCAGGCCCUUCUGUGGUCAGUCACAUGAUGCCUGCUAGCUACGAUAGACAGGAUCCAGAAUUUCUGAUAAUUUGGGUUCUUUUCCAUAGUCCAAAGAAACGAAUUGGUUCUUCAGAGAUUCUAGACCCAGCAGAAGAAUUCUUGGCAAGAGUCGAUGUAGAAGUUGACAGCCCAAACCCCACACCAGUUCUUAGAAGUGUUGUUCUCCGAGCAAGAGCAGGAAUAGCUAGGAUACAUGCUCCUCGGGACUUACAGAGUAUGCAUUUUUUGGCCAGUGUGGCUUCCUCAACAAAGCAACACUUACCUUUGAAAAAUGCUGGGAAUAUCGAAGUUUAUUUAGAUAUCAAGGUUCCAGAACAAGGAAGUCACUUUUCAGUGGACCCGGAGAAUCUAUUCCUUAAACCUGGAGAAGAACAUGAAGUUAUAGUUUCAUUUACUCCAAAGGAUCCCAAAGCCUAUGAGGAAAGGAUCUUGAAAAUAUUUGUGCAGCCAUUUGGACCUCAGUAUGAAGUAGUGUUAAAAGGUGAAGUAGUUUCUUCAGGAAGUAAACCUCUGCCACCUGGAUCUUGCUAUGCAGAUAUUCCAUCGAUUUUGUCCAACAAACAGUUUCUGGCUUGGGGAGGUGUUCCUCUUGGUAGAACACAGCUUCAGAAACUAGCUUUAAGAAAUGAUUCUACAUCUACAACCCAAAAUCUACGACUGCUGAUUAGAGGACAAGAUCAGGACUGCUUUCAGCUCCAGAACACUUUUGGUUCCGAAGAGCGAUUGACCAGUAACUGUGAGAUCAGAAUUCAUCCAAAAGAAGACAUCAUCAUCUCUGUAUUAUUUGCACCUACUCGAUUGUCUUGUAUGUUGGCUAAACUAGAAAUCAAACAACUUGGAAAUCAAUCACAACCAGGCAUUAAGUUCACAAUACCUUUGUCUGGAUAUGGAGGAACAAGUAAUCUUAUUUUGGAAGGUGUUAAAAAAUUAUCUGACAGUUACAUGGUAACAGCGAAUGACUUAAUACCUGGCAAAGAAAGUAGAAUUGUUUUUUCUGUCCGCAACACUGGCUCUCGAGCAGCUUUUGUUAAAGCAGUCGGUUUUAAGGAUUCUCAGAAAAAGGUUUUGCUGGAUCCUAAAAUAUUGAGGAUUUUUCCAGAUAAAUUUGUGCUCAAGGAAAGAACACAAGAAGAUGUUACUUUAAUAUAUAAUCCAUCAGACAGAGAGAGCAAUUAUAAAACUGCAACAGAACUGUCAACUGUAUACCUCUUUGGUGGAGACGAAAUCUCAAGACAGCAGUAUCGAAGAGCCCUGUUGCAUAAACCAGAGAUUAUAAAGCAGAUACUUCCAGAACAUAGUGUACUGCAAAACAUUAAUUUUGCUGAAACAUUUCAAGAUGAGCUACUAGUAACUGAAGUGUAUGAUCUUCCCCAGCGGCCUAAUGAUGUUCAACUUUUUUAUGGAAACAUGUGUAAAAUUAUUCUUUCAGUAAUUGGAGAAUUCAGAGAUUGCAUUUCUAGCAGAGAAUUUCUUCAGUCUUCUUCCAAAGCUAGUUUGGAAUCUAAAAGUGACUCAAGAACUUCUGGAAAACAUAGUGGCAAUGUCUCUUUGGAUGUUUUACCAGUUAGAGGUCCUCAAGGUUCUCUUCUCUCACAAGCUGCUCACCCCCCUCAGGAUAAAUCAGCCUCUGGAGAGAUGUGGACCGUCCAGCCUGAACACCUGAUUUUGGUAGCUCCUUCUCCUUGCGACAUGGCAAAAACUGCGUGUUUCCAGAUUGUAAAUAAUUCUGCUAGGUUGCUGAAAUUUGAGCUGUGCUGGCCAGCACAUUGUCUUACAGUCACACCACAACAUGGAUUUGUUGCACCAGAGAGUAAACUACAAAUUCUUGUGAGUCCUAAUUCCUCCUUAUCCACAAAACAGUCAGUGUUCCCGUGGAGUGGUUUGAUUUAUGUACACUGUGACAAUGGACAGAAGAAAAUUGUAAAAGUUCAAGUUCGAGAAGAUUUGACUCAAGAAGAACUUUUAACUCGUUUGGCCUCCAAACCUUUCGGGAUUCUUCCCCCAGUAUCUGAGCCUUCAGUUAGUCAUUUGACAAAACCAAUGACAAAACCACCUUCCACAAAAGUUGAAAUAAGAAAUAAGACUGUUACUUUUCCUACAACAGAACCUGGUAAAACUUCAGAGAACUAUCUGGAACUCGAGAAUCAUGGCACCACUGCCGCCAAGUGGCAUCUGUCAUCUCUAGCUCCACCUUACGUCAAGGGAGUGGAUGACAGUGGAGAUGUUUUUAGAGCUACCUAUGCAGCAUUCAGGUGUUCUCCUAUUUCUGGUAUACUGGAAAGCCAUGGAAUCCAAAAGGUCUGCAUCACAUUUUUGCCCAGAGAUAGAGGGGAUUAUGCCCAAUUUUGGGACGCUGAAUGUCACCCUCUUAAAGAGCCUCACAUAAAACACACAUUGAGAUUUCAACUCUCUGGACAAAGCGCCAAAGCAGAAAAUGAGCCUGAACAUGCAUGCGUUUCCACAGAUUCUCUCAUUAAAAUAGAUAAUUUAGUUAAGCCCAGAAGACAAGCUGUGUCAGAGGCUUCUGCUCUUAUACCUGAGCAGCUCGAUGGAACCCACCGUGGAGUUUAUGCCCCAGAAGAUGUGUAUAGGUUUCUGCCAACUAGAGUUGGAGAAUCAAGGACGCUGAAAGUCAAUCUGCGAAAUAAUUCCUUUAUAACACACUCGCUGAAGUUUUUAAGUCCCAGAGAGCCAUUCUACGUCAAACAUUCCAAAUACUCUUUGAGAGCCCAGCACUACAUCAACAUGCCGGUGCAGUUCAAACCCAAGUCGGUGGGCACAUUCGAAGCUUUACUUGUCAUUCAAACAGACGAAGGCAAGAGUGUUGCUAUUCGACUAAUUGGUGAAGCUCUUGGAAAAAAUUAA